CAGCAGUCUGGUCGAGAUCCUCCUCUCCUCCUCAGCUCAACACACACAUCCAUUGUACACAAACGGGCAGGCGGCUCACGCAUACACACGCACUCAGACACAUCCGCUCACACACACAUACGCGUACGCACACACGCGCAGCAUCGAUCGUGGCUCCUUUAAGAAAGCCUAAGCCAGAAUUAUCACCCCACCUCCUCUUGAUCUGCUCUAGACGCUUUUGCAUAAGAAAAUCAAGCCGGGAGCCGAGAGUGAUCAAAGAAAACGAGAGGAGAGGCUGCUUCAUUUUUUAACUCUGAUUGUGACCAUUAACGUUGAGGUGGUGCCGAUCCCGUGGAGACGCGCGUCGGACCAUCAUUCAUCCGGUACUUUUGACAAGCCGUCGCGCUUUGACUGACAGGCGGAGUGACAAAAAGCCAUGAGAGUCGCCACUUCUGUUUGAGGGGCUUUUUCAUUUUCACCCUGGUUUUGGAGAAGGAGUCCCGCGCCGCUGCCCCGAGGAUAGCCGAGGACCUACUCGCCGCGCCUGGGCUUUGCUUGCGCAGAAAAGCGGGGGACUGGCUUCACCGUUCCGUGUGGAAAACAGCAUUCGGGAUUUUGGCUGACACCGCUUCCCAUUUAUUUGGAUUUUCUUUCUUCAUUUCGUCUCCACCCUGGCCGCAGAGGGGAUUUAUCUAAACUGAAAGGACGACCAGGGAGUGAGGAGGGUUAUGGCGCAACGGUACGAAGAUUUGCCCCACUACGCGAUGGACGGUGUGGGCAUCCCGACCACCAUGUACGGAGACCCGCACGGCGCCCGGUCCAUGCAGGCGGUGCACCUCAACCACGGGCCCCAGCUGCACUCCCAUCAGUACCCGCACACCGCCCACACCAACACCAUGCCUCCCAGCAUGGGCUCCUCCGUUAACGACGCUCUCAAGAGAGACAAAGACGCUAUAUACGGGCACCCCCUGUUCCCCUUGCUUGCACUGAUUUUUGAGAAAUGUGAAUUAGCGACUUGCACCCCCAGAGAGCCCGGGGUGGCGGGAGGAGACGUCUGUUCAUCGGAAUCUUUCAAUGAAGACAUAGCAGUGUUUGCAAAACAGAUUCGGGCGGAAAAGCCUUUAUUUUCAUCGAAUCCAGAAUUGGAUAAUCUGAUGAUUCAAGCAAUCCAAGUUUUACGGUUUCAUCUUCUGGAGCUGGAGAAGGUUCACGAGCUGUGUGAUAAUUUCUGUCACCGGUACAUCAGCUGCUUGAAAGGAAAGAUGCCGAUCGACUUGGUCAUAGACGACAGAGAGGGCGGCUCCAAAUCAGACAGCGAGGAUAUCACAAGAUCUUCUGUGGCCCUUGAUCAGACGUCCUGGAACAGAGACCAUGACGACACAGGAUCCACACGCUCUGGAGGAACACCAGGACCGUCCAGCGGUGGACACACAUCACACAGCGGGGACAACAGCAGCGAACAGGGUGAUGGCCUGGACAACAGCGUGGCUUCACCGAGCACAGGGGACGAUGAUGACCCGGAAAAAGAAAAGAAACACAACAAAAAGAGAGGCAUUUUCCCGAAGGUGGCCACCAACAUCAUGAGAGCAUGGCUCUUCCAGCACCUAACACAUCCAUACCCAUCAGAAGAACAGAAGAAACAGCUGGCACAAGACACAGGCCUCACCAUCCUACAAGUGAACAACUGGUUCAUUAACGCGAGGAGGAGAAUAGUCCAGCCCAUGAUCGACCAGUCAAACCGUGCAGUAAGUCAAGGAGCUCCCUACAAUCCAGAUGGCCAGCCGAUGGGGGGCUUCGUCAUGGACGGCCAACAGCACAUGGGAAUCAGACCACCUGGACCAAUGGGUGGCAUGGGCAUGAACAUGGGCAUGGAAGGUCAGUGGCACUACAUGUAGCCUCCUCCCAGUCCAACCAGUCGCAACACAAAAGAGGAUAAUUGAAAGGCAACAUGGGGAUCACCUGUCUCACAGAGGCCUAUAGAGCAUGGGAACGGGACACCGACUUCUAGACGACUACAACAAACAGCAACAAACCUUAUGUCAACAUUCAAGAACAGACAGCAUUUUUAUUCAGCUAUCUGCAACAUGGGAACCUUCCAUGACUGCCUUCAAUCUAUGUAUCCAGUGACGGUGCUUCACAGAAGAUCAAAUCUCACCACACUCAGACGACCCGUGUCCCAGACAAACCCUUGCUUCCUCUCUGGUGGGCACUAGACUUUCCCCUCUUGCCGGCCACUACUUUCACAUGGAUUCCUCCAUUGAAAGUGUUUGCGAUUGAGAUGACACACGAGAGACACACUGGGUCCUCUGCCUGUACCUUCAGCAAAUGUGGCACUUGGUGAUAUUUUCUAGACUCUUUGGCAAACACAAGAGACUUCCUGCGAAGAGCACUCCACUCUUUGGGACGAUGGAAUUGGACCAAGGAGAAGCCAAUGUCUGUAUCUGACAGGACACUAACAAAGCAAAAGAGGUGCCCUUUAAAAAUAUAGCAGAUUGAAACAUGGGAAGAGGUAAAGCAAGAGAAAAGAAAUUAAAACUAUAACUAUAUCAAACCCUAGUUUGGGAAGUGAGUGGAGAAAGAAAAUAUACUGUAUACUGUUGUAAAAUUAUGCUGGACUCUCACACGGACUGGGAAUUUAAGUAUUGUAAAUGCUAUUGUAUUGUUCUGCAUAUUAUGUUGUUUCUAAUAGAUUUUUUUAAAAAAAGGAUGUGAACUUUUUUUGUUUUCUUUUUCCUGGUUUCUUUCCACACUAUGUGUGUGCCGUCUCCAUCAUCAACUCUGACCCUCCCCCGUCCCCCCUCCCCCCAUAUUAAAUCACAAUGCAUUUUUAAAAGAAAAAAAAUUUAAUAAAUGGACAAUACGAUCAGUCUGUCAUUUCUGGCAAGCCUUUAUUUGGAUGGUAAGAGAGAGUGUGAUGAUAAUUCAAAUGUCCUGGUGUUUUUUUUUUUGUUUGUCUGCUUGUUUGUUUUUUAGUUGUACAGUAUGCAUAGCCCAUCCACAUUCAUAUACAGGGUGCAGCUAAUUGUAUUACUGUUGCUGUGCCUACACCAUGUAACUCUAAUUUUGGUGGGUUUAAGAUAUUUUCAUAUCAGUUUAUUAAAUGUUCCUCUACUGGUGGAAAGUUUUUUUUA